AUGGAGCUCUCCAACACCGGAUCUCUCUGGCUAAUAAUUUACCACCAUCUCGUCGCCCUCUAUGCCAGCAUCAAACGUUUUCCGGUGACCUUAACUGAAUUUCUGUUAUCACUCUACUUUUCCUACUGGAACCUCUCCCCAUGCAUCAUCGAUCUGCAGGAUGAUUGCGGCCAAACUUCCAUGCAUGUAUGGGCUGUGAAUCAACCUCGUUCCAGCAAGUCUAACCUCGUUCUCGUUCAUGGUUAUGGCGGAAACUCCAAAUGGCAAUUCACAUUGCAGGUGGCUCAAUUGACAUGUCAUUUCAACGUGUACAUACCCAAUCUUGUGUUCUUUGGUAAAUCAUUCUCGACAAGUAAAGAGCGUAGCGACACGUUCCAGGCUAAGUGUGUGUGCAUUGCAGUGAAGAAACUAGGAGUGGAGAAAUACUCGGUGUACGGAAUAAGUUAUGGGGGGUUUGUGGUGUAUAGGAUGGCGGCGACUAGUACCGGUAGUAUAGAAAAGGUGGUGAUUGUGAGUAGUGGGAUUGUGUUCACCGAGGAUCAGAAACGGGAGUUAUUGAAGAACUUAGGGAUGAAUAUUGUGGAUGUUUUGGAACCCGAAAACCCCCACGGACUGAAGACAUUGUGCAGGUUGUCUAUGUACAAAAUUGAUGUUGCUAAAUGUCUACCUGAUUUCUUUCUACGAGGAUUCAUUGCGGAAGAUAGAUGCAAGAAAGAAAAACAAGAAUUGGUGGAGUAUUUGCUUUCGGAGAAACCUGAUCUUCACUUUCCUCUUCUAGAUCAGGAAACACUGAUACUAUAGGGAGACAAAGACAAUAUCUUCCCAGUUCAUUUGGCACACGACCUACACAGGCACCUGGGUCCAAAGUCGAAGCUGGAAAUACUGAAGGACGUAGGACACGCUACAAGUAUGGAAGCUCCAACUUCACUCAACAAAUUUGUUAUAUCAUUUAUAACUGGGGGCUAUUAAACGACU